CACCACGCGAGGUGCGGCGUUUGUUCGGCGGCGGCCAGAUUCCCGGGACUGGGCUGAAAUUAAGGUGCCAGCUGUCACUGAACCAGCCAUGCCGCGGGGCCGUAAGAGUAAGCUCCGUGCCCGCGAGAAACGCCACCAGGCCCGAGCUGAGACUCAGGGUCCUGCGGGUGCUCAGGCCGCUGCAGCGGAGGUUGAGGAGUCCUCCUCCUUGCCUGUUUCUGGGGCUACUCCCUCGAGCUCCCCUGCUGCUGGCACUUCCCAGGAGCCUGGCAAGGCCCCAGCCACCACCGGGGCCGCUGCACAUGUUUCACAGCGAAGAUCUAAGGCGAAUGCCAAGCACCAGGUUGAGAAAAGUGGAAAUUCCUCCUUGGCCUUAGCUUCCACUGCGAGAGCUCCAAAAGAUCGUCUAUUCCGAAGAGUGGGGAUGUUGAUGGAGUACCUGCUUGAGAGGCACAGCCUGCAAGAGCCCAUUAUGAAGACAUACAUGCUGAAGGCCAUCACCAGAAGAUUUAAGGAGCAUUUCCCUGAGAUCCUCAGAAGAGCCACUGAGCACUUGGAGGUGGUCUUUGGCCUCAAAUUAAAGGAAGUCAAGCCCGGUGGUCUCUCAUACACGCUCGUCAGCAUCCUAGAGGUCACCGACGGCAGUGUGAGCAACAGCUCCAACUUCCCUAAGAGGGGGCUUCUCAUGCCUCUCCUGGGUGUCGUCUUCUUGAGUGGGAAUCGAGCCCCUGAAGAAAACAUCUGGGAAUUCCUGAAUAUUUUGGGCAUCUAUGAUGGAAGAAAGCAUUCAGUCUUCGGGGAGCCCAGAAAGCUCAUCACCAAAGAUUUGGUGAAGGAAAAGUACCUGGAGUACCGCCAGGUGCCCGGCAGCGAUCCUCCGUGCCGUGAGUUCCUGUGGGGCCGGAGAGCCCACACUGAAAUCGGCAAGAUGAAGGUCCUAGAGUUUUUGGCCAAGGUCCACGAUACCAUCCCCAGUGCCUUCCCGUUCCAUUAUAAAGAGGCUCUGCAAGAUGAGGAAAAGCGUGCCCAUGCCCAAGCCCAAGCCACGGCCAGGAAAGACUCUACUGCCAAGGCCAGUGCACGUUCCCGGGCCACAUCUGGCUGCCCUUCUCCCUAGAGAGGGCUGAGGCAGAUUCUUCGCUUUGUGUUUGAGGUCUGCCAACCUUUUAAGUAGUGAGAGGCUGAGCUGGGGUUGGAAAGACCACAGUGUAUAACUUCUUUGCCUUUCUGUUGUGCUUUGAGUAGGUUACAAAUGUUGUUCCUUUCAAAAGAAUAUUUCAGCAUGUUUCAAAAGAAUCUAGUAAGAUUCGGCAUCCAAGUUUAUAAAUGACAUGGAUCACACAUUGCUGUUUAUCAUGUUUAAGAGUAAGGUUUGGUUUAAGAGUAAGAUUUAAGAAUAAGAUUUAAGAGUAAGAGGUUUGGUGUUGUGUAAUGCAGCUUGAAAAUCCUUGCAUCUUCUUUGAGUUCCAGAACCAGAUAAUAUGGCUUUGGAAUGGGGAUUUUUUUUUCAGAAAUAUGAAAGAACCAGCAAAAAUAUAGCUCUAGUUUUAAAAUGGAAACAAAAUAAAACGUAGUUAAAUCUUGAUUUGUCUUAUUUUUGUCUUUUUCUUUGUAAAAUUCAAGGAUAUAUGCCUGGAUGUCCUUAAACUUACUCAAAAGUUUAGAGAAAA